AUGCCUAGUGCAUUGAGAAGCUGCUCCAAAAUUUGGUCUGGAAUAGACGAUGAGGAGUUACGCCGUAAAAUGGAAGACAAGGGGAAGAAGGUAUUUUUGCUCAUCGAUUCGUAUGACUCGUUCACUUACAAUCUUGCAUCUCUUUGCAGGAGAUCUAUUCCCAACUGUCGCAUCCACAUUAUAAAGAACGACCAGUUAUCUUUAUCAGAAAUCAUCCCAUACAUCGGAUACUUCUCAGGUAUUAUUGUGGGACCAGGGCCAGGCUCACCGCAAGUAGCAGAGGAUAUCGGCAUCGUAAAAGAUUUAUGGAGGAUCGGGGAUGAGCAUCUCAUCCCCAUUUUUGGUGUCUGCCUUGGCUUACAAAGUCUUGCCGUUGAACACGGUGCACAACUUAAGAGAUUGGCUAUUGUCAAACAUGGGCAGGUUUCUCGAAUAAAGCAUACCGGCGUUGACAUCUUCAAGGCAGUAACCAAGGUUCAUGCCGUUCGCUACCAUUCGCUGCACGUUGAGCUCGCAGCCGACGGAGAAAUAGAACAGUUAGCCUGGGCUGAGGAUGGUGAUGAAAAUGGUGAUGUCGUUAUGGCCAUUAAACACAAGACAAAGCCCUUUUGGGCUGUUCAGUAUCAUCCCGAAUCUGUUCUCACAGAAGGAGGAGGGAUCGAGGUCAUGCUCAACUUCUGGCGUCUCGCUAGGAACUGGGUUAACAGUCAUGGAAGACGUAUUCUUCCGUGGGACACCCAAGCUACCAGUCUUUUUGGUUUACCCUGGCCUAACUUACGUUCCCCUCCACGUUCUCCCCGUCAGACUGUUUCAACAGCGGUCACUACAACUGUCCUCAAUCUUCCACACCUCCACUUAACAGCGAUAUGCGAGCUCUUUGGUGCCUUAGACGAGUCUUCACCGUUUGUUCUCCUCGACUCGGCCUCUCAACCAGGCCGAUUUUCUAUCAUCGGUUGCCUUACUCCAAGUUCUCCUAGGAUCACAUAUUCUGUAGGAGAUUCGACUGUCCACUUAAAUGAGGCAGGCUCGUGUUCUUGUAUUGGGCUGGGAUCGCACGACAUAUGGUCGUGGCUUGCUUCCUUCAUGAAUAAAAGAAAGGUUUAUGGUGGAUCGCCGCAUAUUCCCUUCUGGGGUGGUCUAGUUGGCUACCUCAGCUACGAACUUGGCAUUGAAUCCCUCCAUGUUCCUCUCAAGCCAGCAUCCCACGAAGGACGUCAUCCAGACGUGAACUUCGUGUUUAUAGAGCGUAGUGUUGUCCUCGAUACUGCAACAAACAACAUAUAUGUACAGUCCCUUAUCCAGGACGAUGAUCUAUGGCUUGAGCAAGCUGUGGGUCUGCUGCAGAGCACCGCUCAGAAACACGUACUCUGCACAGAGAACGUGUUACCUUCCUCAACGAAGGGCCGACUACAGUCCUCAGUUGUCUCGCUACCUCACCAACAAACCUACAAAUCUCGAAUCGAUAUCGCCAAAGAGCAUCUCUUCGCUGGCGACUCUUACGAGCUCUGUCUCACUGCCCGCACCCGAGUCAAGCUCAGCUCCCCUGUAGCUUCAAAAACGUCUCCUCAUUCAAUAUCGUGGCAACGCUAUAAGCGUCUGCGUGAAGUCAAUCCCGCCCCUCAUGCUGCAUACCUCCGCUUACACCCCACAACCAUGUUGUCGUCUUCCCCUGAGCGUUUUCUUUCCUUCACUCGUGCACCUCAGCCUACAUACCAAUUACGACCCAUCAAGGGAACAAUCCGUAAAGGUCCGGGCAUCACUCGCGCCAUCGCCGAAGAGGCACUGGCAGGAAGCACUAAGGAAGUCGCCGAGAAUUUAAUGAUCGUUGAUCUCAUUCGACACGAUUUACACGGUGUCAUUGGAGAGGACGUGCAAGUCAAGCAGUUUUGUCAGGUGGAGGAGUACAAGACUGUUUGGCAGCUUGUCAGCGUCAUCGAAGGCAAACCCGCUGAAGAAAUGCAAGACUCUCAAGAGCACAGGGCUAACGGAGCUCUGGGCUGGGAGGUUUUGAGGCAAAGUCUUCCACCAGGUAGCAUGACGGGUGCUCCAAAGAAACGCAGCGUUGAAAUCUUACAGGCGCUAGAAGAUGACGAACGGGGCAUAUAUUCUGGAGUCUUCGGAUAUUGGUGCGUUGGGGGCGGUGGUGACUGGUCAGUCACCAUCCGCAGCUGUUUCAAAUAUGACGACCAUCAUACCUCUAACAUCCAUACGCUUGGCCAAGACCGCGACCGCGCUGAUUCGGAAUCUUCAGAUGAAGAGUGGGUCAUUGGAGCCGGGGGUGCCAUCACAGCUUUGUCGGAUGCUGACGCAGAAUGGGAGGAGAUGAUUGUGAAGCUUCAAAGUGUGCUUCGUGUUUUUGGUGCCGUCGCACCACGAGGGAAUUGAUGGCUGAAAUAAACCGCAUUAAUAUAUUUGGUCAUAAUUUAACGGUCGGUGAUAUUUAUUUCUGUAUCACAUAGUAGUUCCUCCUCCACUGUAUCAGUAUUGAAUUCAACUUCAAGCGGUAGUUUCUCGUUUGGUUUGUUCUUAGACGUCUAGUCUUACUAGCGAUGUCAAAUGCAUUCAAGUUGUCCACUAUCACAUUUACCACUUUGAGCACUAAUGAGGAUCUGCCGACUUGCCUGAUGAUAAAUUUGGACAAAAUAGCGUUGAAUCCUGCAAA